GUAAGGAACGCCUGGCGUGGUCAGAGGCGGGCGAGCGGCGCUGCAGAGCGCGGCGGCUGAGGUUUUGGUAUGAACAGGAUUCGGAUUCACGUCUUGCCAACCAAUCGGGGGAGGAUCACCCCAGUGCCCAGGUCUCAGGAGCUCCUGUCUUGUUCAUUCUCUCGUUGCCCACGCUCUCAACCUCGUCUGGAGGGGCAGGAAUUUUGUAUUAAGCAUAUCCUUGAAGACAAAAAUGCACCCUUCAAGCAGUGUAGUUAUAUAUCGACGAAGAAUGGAAAAAGAUGUCCCAGUGCUGCCCCAAAACCGGAGAAGAAAGAUGGGGUGUCUUUCUGUGCUGAACAUGCACGUAGGAAUGCCCAGGCACUUCAUGCUCAAAUGAAGAAGACCAGCCCAGGGCCUAUGGGUGAAACACUCUUGUGCCAACUGAGCUCAUAUGCUAAGACAGACCUGGGGUCGCAGACUCCAGAAAGUAGCCGCAGUGAAGCUAGCAGAAUACUGGAUGAAGACAGCUGGAGUGAUGGGGAACAGGAACCCAUUACUGUGGAUCAGACAUGGCGAGGUGACCCUGACAGUGAAGCUGAUAGCAUAGACAGUGAUCAAGAAGAUCCCCUAAAACAUGCUGGUGUCUAUACAGCAGAAGAAGUGGCCCUGAUUAUGCGUGAGAAGCUAAUUCGAUUACAGUCUUUGUAUAUAGAUCAGUUUAAACGACUUCAGCAUUUGCUCAAGGAGAAGAAGCGUCGGUACCUACAUAAUCGCAAAGUGGAACACGAAGCUUUAGGUAGUAGUCUGCUGACUGGCCCAGAGGGACUUUUGGCUAAAGAACGAGAAAAUUUAAAGCGAUUGAAAUGUCUCCGACGAUAUCGCCAGCGCUAUGGAGUAGAAGCCUUAUUACACAGACAGCUGAAGGAACGCAGAAUGCUGGCCACAGAUGGUGCUGCCCAACAGGCCCAUACCACGCGUUCCAGUCAGAGGUGCUUGGCCUUUGUGGAUGAUGUUCGUUGUUCCAAUCAGUCUCUUCCAAUGACCAGACACUGUCUUACCCAUAUUUGUCAGGAUACGAAUCAGGUUCUCUUCAAAUGCUGUCAGGGAUCUGAAGAGGUACCCUGCAACAAGCCCGUUCCUGUAAGCCUCUCUGAGGAUCCCUGCUGCCCACUGCAUUUCCAGUUGCCUCCUCAGAUGUAUAAGCCUGAGCAGGUACUGUCUGUGCCAGACGAUCUGGAAGCCGGCCCCAUGGAUCUGUACUUGAGUGCUGCUGAGCUUCAGCCCACUGAGAGUUUACCUCUGGAGUUCAGUGAUGACUUGGAUGUUGUGGGUGAUGGUAUGCAGUGUCCUCCUUCACCCUUGCUUUUUGAUCCUUCACUAACCCUUGAUGAUCAUUCAAUCAAAGAAAUUGCUGAAGGCCCGGUGGAUAUCUUGGGCCAGAUGCAGAUGACUGGAGACGGGUGCAGAUCCCAGGGAUCUCGAAAUUCUGAGAAAACCUCUGCCCCACUGCCUCAAAGUGGAUUGGCUACUGCAAAUGGCAAGCCGGAACCCUCUUCUACCAGCUGAUAGUUUGUUUUGGGAACCAUAUGACUGGUGGAUUUAAAUUUCCCAUUCUUCAGACAAUAUUUUUCAUCAUCUCUCAUAAAACAGGGGCAGACUAGACUGCCUUGUUUUUCUUCUGGAUUAUUGAGUGCUCUAGUCAAACACAAAACCACAUUUUAGGGGAUUGGACCAGUAGUGUUCCACUCUGGGCAAGGGAAGAGAAAGAACUGGUUCCUGUGAAAGCUUCUGGGAUCGAGUAUUUGGAACUAUACUUAAGGGGAAAGAGACAUCUUUGUAAUGGAAUUUCCCAGCUUGUGGACAGAAAUCCUCACAGGUGGUUAGAUGGAAGCUGCAUCGGAGUGGUGCCCUUGAAUGAGACUGGUGGUUCCAGUGUCUGGGUAUUUUUGUCCACAGGCCUACAUAUAAGCCUUUUGUCACCUCCACGUAGUUGGGUGGUCUGAACCCGUUUCCCCAGUGAACUGAUUCUUAGGAGAAAGUAGCCCAGAGGACAGGGCUAUCAACCAUCCAUCUUGCUUCUUACCUAUGUAUUGAUAAAUUUCUGUGGUGGCUAUCCUAUGUAAAAUAUAGUAAAAUUUUAUUGUAUAUAGUUUCUAUUAAAUGUUAAAAGAAAUGUUAUGAAAAUGUAAAACAAUCACCUGAAUUGAA